AAAGCUUUUGGUUCUUAGCGUUGCAGAAAGCAUUAACACUCCCGGGAAUUAUUUUCGAACCACAUGUGGAACACUCCCGGAGCGGAGGAUGGCAGCUUACGCAGGGAAAAGUAUCCGAAUCACAACAAAUGACGGUAUUUACAGUGGAGUUGUGCACUCGUUGGAUGUCAGCUGCAGUAAGAUUACUUUAACGAAAGUUGAGUGCUGCGUUGGACUCGGAGAAGAGAAGAAACAGCUCAAAGGCUUGCAUCAUUUCUAUGGGCCUGAAAUGGAGCAUUUGGAGAUUCUGGAGGAACAACUAGAAGAGAAGAUGGACAAGAAUAACACAGAAGAUGGUGGCCCGCCCCUGGUGACCAAAAAGGAAAAUCCCAAGCACCUUCAGCAGCUGAGAGACCACAGCGGUGCGACAGACAGGGUCGGGGGAGGGGGGUACGUGUCAGAUGGGAUAGUGGACAUCAUGAAGUCUAACCUGAGGAGGAGGGACAACAAGAGAAGGCAGAACAGUGGGAGAGGGAAGAAAUCUGUCAGAUACGCGCUUCUGGGAUACGCCAUCCCUUCUACAACAGACACGCUUCCGGGAUACGCCACCCCUUCUACUAAAACAAAUAAACUAAACUGA